AUGAUGGAGAAAGUUUAUUCUAUCUGGAAGCAUACAUUUUGGCCUGGAGACAGUGAUGACUUUCACUACAAAAUCACCUCGAGAAGCCAAAAAGUCACAUCGUUCUGGAAUCCCAAAACACCCACACAGUUAAGGCCACUGACCGCGGUGCUGCAUGGCCCUUCAGGCAUCGGGAAGACCACACUGGCCAAGAAGUGGAUGCUCGAGUGGAGACAGGACAAGCUCCCCAAGACACUCAAGUUUGCCUUCUAUCUCAGAUGCAAGGAGAUGAACCGCCAGGGGACCUGCACAUUUGCAGAGCUGCUAUCUAAGACCAGGCUGGAUGUACAGGAGGCCAAGAUCCCAGACCAAGGCCAGAACAUCCUGGUUGUCAUCGAUGGCUUCGAUGAGCUGAGGGUCCCCUCGGGGUCACUCAUUCAUGACAUCUGUGGUGACUGGAAGAAGCAGAAGCCAGUGCCUAUCCUGCUGGCCAGUCUGCUAAAGAGGAAACUGCUUCCCAAGGCCACAUUGCUGGUCACCACACGCCCGGGUGUCCUGAGGGAGCUCCGGCUCCUGGCUGAGCAGCCUGUCCUCAUAGAGGUAGAGGGGCUCUCAGAGCUGGGCAGGAGGGACUACUUCCUGAAGCACUUUGAGCAAGAGGACCAAGCCCUGCGAGCUUUCGAGGCCAUGAGGAGCAACCCGGCUUUGUUCCACAUGGGCUGCAUGCCCCCUGUGUGCUGGGUCACCUGCAUGUGCCUGAGCCGGCAGAUGGAGCAAGGACAAGACCCUGCCACCACCUGCCAGACCACCACCUCACUCUUCCUGCAUUUCCUGUGUGGCCAGUUCACGCCAGUCCCUGCCGAGUGCCCCCGAGGGCCCCUGGCAGCUGCACUGAGGGCAGUGUGUCUCCUGGCUGCUGGGGGCCUCUGGGCGCAGAUGUCCACGCUGGAUGGAGAAGAUUUCAGGAGUCUGGGGCUCCAGGAGUCUGACCUCCAGCCUUUCCUGGACAAGAACAUCCUCCAGGAGGACAUAGACUGUAAGGGCUGCUACGCGUUCAUCCACCUCAGUGUCCAGCAGCUUCUGGCUGCUGUGUUCUACAUUCUGGACAGCGAGGAGCAGAAAGAUGAGGCCAGCUGCAGGCUGGACAUCGGGGACCUGCACAUGCUGCUCUCGAAGGAAGAAAGACUGAAGAACCCCAACCUGGCGCAUGUGAGAUACUUCUUAUUCGGCCUCUCCAAUGAGCAGAGAGCCAGGGAGCUGGAGACGACCUUCGGUUGCCCAGUGCGGCCUGGGAUCAAGCAGGAGCUACUGACGUCAUUGUCUGAAGGGACUGAUCCCUUCUCCUCAACCACGGAUGUGAAGGAGGUGCUGUACUGUCUCUACGAAUCUCAGGAGGAGAUGCUUGUGAAGGAGGCCACGGCCCACACCAGGGAAAUGUGCCUGCAUUUGCAAAACAAAGUGGACCUUGUGCACUCAGCGUUCUGUCUCCAGCACUGUCAGAACUUGGAGACGAUUUCACUGCAAGUGGAGAAGGGGAUAUUCCUGGAGGAUGAGGAAGCCUCAGACUCACACAUGUGGAAGCACGACCACCAUGCUCUUCAUCUCUGGACAGAUCUCUGCUCCGUGUUCAGUUCCAAUGAGAACCUGAGCUCUCUGGAUGUGAGUCAAAGUGUCCUGAGUCCGUCCUCUGUGAGGAUUCUUUGUGAGCAGAUAACCCGCACCACCUGUCAUCUCCAGAAGGUCGUGAUUAAGAACGUCUCCCCUGUGGAUGCAUAUGGGGACUUCUGUCUGGCUUUCAUUGGUAAGAAGACCCUGACCCACUUGACCCUGGAAGGCGGUGUCCACAGCAAUACGAUGCUGCUCCUGCUGUUGUGUGAGGCCCUGAAGCACAGGACUUGCAACCUGCGGUAUCUCAGGUUGGGGUCUUGUCGUGACAUCCUUCCACAGUGGGAUGAGUUCUCCUUGGCCCUCAGAAUCAACCAGUCCCUGCAGUUUCUGGACCUUACCGCCAGUGAGCUCUGGGAUGAGGGUGUCAAGCUGCUGUGUGUGACGCUGAGAUACCCAAAGUGUUUCCUGCAGAGGUUGUCGUUGGAAAAGUGUCACCUGACAGGAGCCUGCUGCAAGGAGCUCUCAUCUGCUUUGAUUGUCAACCAGAGGCUGACACACCUGUGCUUGGCCAAGAACGACCUUGGGGAUGGCGGAGUGCAGCUGCUGUGUGAGGGCUUGAGUUACCCUGACUGUCAACUACAGACUCUGGUGUUGUAUCAGUGCAACAUAACCAGACGUGGCUGCAAACACAUCGCGAGACUUCUCCAAGGAGACUCCUGUUUGACACACUUGGACCUGGGUCUCAAUCCCAUAGCUAUGGGAUUGCAGUUUCUCUGUGAGGCUUUGAAGAAGCCAGAUUGCAACCUAAAAUGCCUGGGGCUCUGUGGCUGUUCUAUCUCAUCUUUCUGUUGCCAGGAUCUUGCCUCUGCUCUUGCCAGCAACCAGAAGCUGGAGGCUCUGGACCUGGGCCAGAACAUGUUGGGGCAGGGUGGAAUAACAGUGCUCUUGGAAGCUUUGAAACAAAGUCCCAGUCCAUUGAUGACCCUCAGGCUGAAGAUGGAUGAAUCCAGCGGGGUAAUCCAGAAGCUGCUGCAGGAACUAAAAGACAGUAACCCCAAGCUGACAAUCAAUAGUCAGAAUGCCAGGGUGACCAGAUCCUCCUAUGAUGACUUCCUUUUCUGGACACCCUGAGAUAAUGCUCCAGUAAAUUGCUGGUCUCUCUGACAUCUCACUGAUGAAGACCAAACAGUCACAGGUUAAUCACUGGGUCAAAAUAGAGAAUU